GCAGCUCGCGGUGUUCCCAUGGGAUCCCAAGCCGGAGCCGACCCCGGCCCCUGCUACGGCUGCUACGGGGACACCCCAACCUGCUGUUUCGGCACCGGAGCCGACCCCCCCGGCUCCCGCGAAUGGGCCUUCGUACAACCAGGCUCAGAUCCCUCCGCAGGCCCCAGGUCUCACCAUGCCCGUGCCUGACGUCCAGCAGACGCAUAAUGAGUCUGCCAUGAAGCCCGAACCAGGCGUCAAGAUCGAACCUGGCCUCGAGGGCGCAUCCAUCCUCUCCCAGCAGAGCACCCACGCCGUGCAGCAACGUGUCAUUCAGCAGUUGCAGUCUCAAUAUGGUGAGCGCGCUGCAGCGUCCAUUAAUAAGCUUAAGGAACAACCCAACGGCGCGCAGUCGCACAACCAGCAGAGAUCGGCCAACCAGCCCGUCGCUCAGAAUUACCCCGGGCAGUAUCAAGGCCACCACCAGCAGCAGUACCGGCCUAACCUGUCGACCAACGUGCAGCAGCAGCGCGUCGCCGUAGCUAACGGCCAGAGACCUGCGCAGUCACAGUUAGACGGCGCCGAUGCCACCGACGACCAUGUCGGAGUGCUUAUGCGCCGCGGCCCGGCUGGCGACGUCGAGCUGGGAAGAGUCGAGAUCGAUAGGAUGCUCCAUGCUCAGAUCGCAGCCAACGCGAAGGCCAUGGAAGGAGGCGGCCUCAUGGUACCCCUGAAGCGCUCCAAAAGGGGCAAAGCCGCCGCUGUCGAUCGCAAGCUGGCCCACGCCGGCCCCUCCCAAUAUGACGGCCCCGACGAAGAUCUCAGGGAUGACUCCGACGAUGAAAACGCCAUCAACUCGGACCUCGACGAUCCCGACGAUAACCCGGAGGAGGAAGACGAGGACGAUGAUAGCGGCCAGAUCAUGCUCUGCAUGUACGACAAGGUUCAGCGCGUCAAGAAUAAGUGGAAGUGCGUUCUCAAGGACGGCGUCCUGAGCGUGAAUGGCAAGGAUUGGGUCUUCCAUAAGGCCACCGGCGAGUACGAGUGGUAGUUUUUUUUUUGACGGGCCCAUCACCCCCCGCCCGCAGUAUCCAACCCCAUGCACGGCAUCUCAUAGUUGCGGCGCGUGACCUUCAUCUCGUAGAUUCUCUUUGCGCCAUGCAUUAGCUUUUUAGAGGCCCACUCGCGGAGAUAUGUGCACUUUUCUCCUGGCGAUGCAGACGCGCAUGAACACCCCCAGAAGAGGGCGAAGAGUACUCGUCAUAAUCAUAGAAUUCUCAGGC